AUGAGCACGAAGAAACUGGCCCCAACAAUUGAAGUCCCAUUUCCACCACGAAUUGAUGUCCACGAGUUGGUAUGCCGAACGCUUCAAAAAAGCAUGAAAGCAGGAAACAGAGGAAAGCCUCCGAAUGCGUUCUUUAUUUACCGCGGAGCGUUUGCUGAUCAGCUAAAGGCAAUAAAUUGCAAUUCUCUCACACAAGCCCGACUAUCUCAAAUGGCAUCAGAGUCGUGGAAGCGAGAAACAAAGAAAGUAAAGGAAUGGUACAGACUUCGUGCAGUCGAGGCCGAAUGUUUGUUUAGAAAAAUGUGUCCACCACAAUUUUCUAUAUCCAUCAUCGAACCCAAAAGGUCAGAGACCAUUAAGAAACCUAUGUUUAAUGAUUUUACGUUCAUUGCGGAUUCAGCAAGUAAACAUGUACAAGAACGCAACGUAGAAUUUCUUCACUAUACUUACCCACCAGUAUCCCAGUCAUGUAACUCGUCCAAGACUCAAUCUACCAAUUCAACCCCCAUUAAUACAUCAUCCGUAUUGACAGGACAUUAUUCAGCUCAGUCGCUCGACUUUGUAAAUGUGGAAGUACCGAAACCUAGUGAAUAUGUACACUUUAACAAUCCUCUUCCUAUACCGUUUACUCCGCUUCCACAACCUACGCAAGAGUACUUUUUAUAUGCAAACACCGACGCAAGUAGUACUUCAUCUGGAGUGACGAGCGAUGAUAGCAACGAGCAGUAUACGGACAAUGUGUGUGAUAAUGGAGAAGUGCCUUUUGCUGGAUUUUCUUAUGGGCAAUACGAAACCGAGUUAUCCGAGUGUUGGAUUGGUGCGCAUGUCGAGAAUACGCAACAGUAUUACGGAAUUACUGGGAUGGGUCUGCCGUACGUUGACCAGAUUAGUUAUUGUGAAGACGAGCUGUUGAGCAGUAUCUAA